UUGUUCUUUCGAACGGAAGGUGUGAAGUGUGCGAGGGAAAGAAUACGGUAAUCAUGUUCACUCGGAUGUCACGCGUUUACGCGCCUCAGAUGAUGACCCAUUCAACGGCGCGAAUAGACGUUGAGCAUUCCCAUCAGCUGUUGGAGACGUUUGGGUUCGUGAAGCACUGCGCGGGUGCUGGGUUUUACCACUUGCUCCCGCUCGGGUACCGGGUGAUGAAAAAGCUGUGUAAUCUCGUGGAUGAAGUCAUGACGCGACGAGUGCAUGCGGAGAGGAUGGAAAUGCCGUCGCUGUCUCCAGAGGAACUGUGGAGAAAAACAGGGCGUCUGGAACUAUGCAAGUCGGAGCUGUUCAUUUUGAAGGAUCGUCACGACAAACGUCUGGUGCUGAAUCCCACCCACGAGGAGGCUGUGACGUGGAUGAUGAAGAGUGGAGAACGUUUUUCGCAUCGGCAACUGCCGUUUAGAAUCUAUCAAAUUUCGAGCAAAUUCCGAGAUGAGAUGAAGCCCAGAUACGGAUUGAUGCGAUCUCGGGAAUUUUUGAUGAAGGAUUUGUACACUUUCGAUGUCGAUGAACAGUCCGGACGGGAUACUUAUUUCGUGGUGAAAAGCGCCUAUCGGGAAAUCUUCGAUAAACUCGGAGUUAUGUAUGUCGAAGGUCAUGCGUUCCUGCUUGGAACAAGAUACAGUGAACCGCUUGGCGCCAAAUUCAAGAAGGCCGAUAAUACCGAAGAGAACUUGUUCAUGGGAUGUUAUGGAUUGGGUCUGAGUCGCAUAAUGUCCGCAGUGUUGGAAGGAAAUCACAAAAACAGACCUUCGCAAAAAGAAGCCAUUCUGCGAUGGCCUCAACUGAUUGCGCCUUUCAGCUUAGUUCUCAUUCCACCCAAGGCCGGUAGUGCCGAGUGCAAAAUGGGAACGGAAAAGCUGCUCGAGUUCGUGGGAUUGUCAGUGUGCAAGAAGGGAAUGAUGGAGGAAGAUAUUUUGAUAGACGACAGAACGAAUCUAACGAUAGGCAAACGGCUUUUAACUGCCAAACGUUGGGGAAUCCCGUAUGCCAUCAUCGCUGGGAAAGCAGCUGCGGAAUCCGUUCCCAAGCUGGAAUUUGUUGACGUUGUUCUUGGAACGAGUCAAUUGGUCUCUGCAGUUGAAUUGAAGGAACGUUUGUUGAACACUUUCCGUUUGUCUGGUCAGCGUUCUGCUUUGGAACGGAUCGAAGAACUCACCGGCAAAAAGAUUACUUUCCAUCACGUUGACCUACUUGAUCGAAAUGCCUUGAACGAGUUGUUUGACAAGCAUGAAAUCGACAUCGUGAUACACUUCGCAGCCAUGAAGGCCAUCAGUGAAUCAAUGAAAGAACCUCUGAUGUACUACGAAAAUAAUAUCAUGGGCACAAUCAAUCUUCUUACGGUUAUGAAGCAGCACAACGUUCGCAACUUCGUGUUCUCUGGAUCCUGCACAGUCUACGGCGCACCUCAGUUCCUCCCAUUGACGGAAGAACAUCCCACGGGGAACCCGACGAAUGUUUACGGUCGGACCAAGUUCUUCUGCGAAGAGCUCCUGCGAGACGUGGCAAGAGCAGAACCCGAGUGGAAUAUCAUCAGUUUGAGAUACUUUAACCCAGUCGGAGCCCAUCCGUCGGGUCGCAUUGGCGAGGACCCGGUUCGAGCCAUUGCGAAUAUCAUGCCGUUUUUGGGUCAAGUCGCUGCUGGGACCCUGCCAGUGUUUACGGUUUUUGGGAAUGAUUACGACACCCGAGAUGGAACCUGCGUGAGGGAUUAUAUCCACAUCAUGGACCUUGCUUCGGGUCACGUUGCAGCUGUGAAGAAGCUGGAAAAGGACCACGUGCACUUUAGGGCUUUCAAUUUGGGCAUCGGGAAAGGAGUCACGGUUCUGGAGCUGAUCAAAGCGUUUGAAAAGGCGUCGGGAGCCGUGAUCCCGGUGGAAUUUGUGGCAAAACGGGAUUUCGGCGUGGAUCCGCCAGCCUUGUUGUGCUCUGCGGAAAGAGCUAAAGCCGAACUAGACUGGAACCCAAAAUUCACUGAUCUUGAAACCAUGUUUACUAUCCUGGAGCUGAUUAAGCAGUUUGAAGAGUCGUGCGGGGUGAAAAUCCCGUACGUUUUGAAAGAGCGGCGGGAAGGAGACGUCGGAUGUGCCUAUGGUAACAUUGAUCGGGCGCGGGAUGAGCUUCAGUGGAAGCCUCAAAAAUCUUUAGACGAUAUGUGCAAGGAUUUCUGGAGGUGGAAGGCCAUGAAUCCCAACGGCUACAAAAGUUCUCCCGCAAGCGAGUAGCCCUGAAGAGAAAAACACAUUCCGGAUACCUGGUGAAAAAAAAAAGUGCCAGUUGUUCCCGAACACAUUCUGCCUUUUUUGCUGUUUUGUUUGGAUCCUUUGGUUUAUUGAAAAAGACAAUCAAUGAAGAACUGCAUCGUAAUGCACGAGGGAUUGUUCAGCACGUUUGAUGAUUAUUUAGUGAACGAUGGAUCGUAGAAGUGAGUGCAGGGUUAACCGAAAACUCGCUCGUGUUCCGUAAUCGAUUUUAUUUUGAGCAUUAUUGAUUCUCAAGCUUUGGCUUUCAUCCUUUUUUGAGUUAACAGAAACGAGAAGGCUUAAACAAAAACUGUUCCUGGUGUUGAAUCUUUUGUGUGUUGGGAGAAAAAAAAUAUAUAUUCUCGAAUGAA